AUGCAGUACCAGCAAGACGAAAAGGUCUUGUGCUACCAUGGGCCGCUACUGUAUCAGGCCAAGAUUCUUCAGGCUGAGGAUUGGAAAGGCGACGAGAACCAAUCCGGUGCGACGGGCCCUCAUUAUUUUGUGCAUUACCAAGGCUGGAAGAAGACGUGGGACGAGUGGGUGCCGCCGCCGCGCCUACUUAAGUUCAACGAUGAAAAUAUUGCGCUGCAGAAAUCUCUUGUCGCGUCACAGAAGGCCGAGGCUGAGGCUCUUGCACAAGCGUCGAGCCAAGCAAGCGACGCGAAUGCACAGCGCCGCGCCGAGCCACGCAAGCCUGGUGCGGCGCCUGGAAGCCAUGCGCGCGGCACGAAACGUGUACGCGACAGUGCAGAUCAUGAAGAAGGCGAGCGGCGCCCAGAUAUCAAGCUGCAACUUCCCGAUUCACUGCGCUUGCAGCUUGUCGAUGACUGGGAGAAUGUCACGCGAAAAGAAGAGCUUGUGCCGCUUCCGCGCACUCCGAACGUGCGCACCAUUUUGAAGGAAUAUGCGGACCACUAUGAUACACGUACGUCGGCCAAGACGCGGCACGACCGAUUGCCAGCAGUGAUGAGUGAGGUGCUACAAGGGCUGCAGCUGUACUUUAACAAAAGCCUACCGCAGAACCUGCUCUAUCGCUUCGAGCGGACGCAAUACGUGGAGCUCCGCAAGAAACUGGGCUCCCGCUUGAACGUGAACGAGCGGGGCUCAGGCACGGGCGCAAGCGCAGGCGAUACCAGCGCCGGCGGCGAUACACUCGCGCCGUGCGACAUAUACGGCGCCGAGCACCUUUUACGUCUGUUUGUCAAUCUCCCUUCGAUUGUGGCGCACACUAAUAUGGACAAUGAGUCUGUCGCGCUUUUGCACGAUCAUGUCACAGACUUGCUUGCCUACAUGGCCAAAGAAAAGGCGCGUCUAUUUUUGCGCGAGUACGAGACACCAAGCACGGCAUACCUGCGCCUUAGCGGUCUGUAG